CGCGCUUAAUCUCGGGAUUGUGGAACUUGCGGCGGAUCCGGAUCGCAGCCUCGCAGAUGGAGACCGUCGACUCUGAUGACGGACGCGUUCCGCAGGCGGCUGGAGACGAGGACUGAACCGGUUCGGCGGUCGGUGUGUCGGCGCUCUUAACCCCGCCCCUCACGUCACUGCAGUAGCAGCAGCCAUGGUGGACGCGGCGGAGUGCGGCGUGACGGUGAUGUGCCGCUUCAGGCCGCUCAACGAGGCCGAGAUCAGCCGCGGGGACAAAUACAUCCCCAAGUUCACCGACGACAGCACCGUGACCAUCACGGGGAAGUCGUACGUGUUCGACCGCAUCCUUCCUCCCAACGCCACGCAGGAGCAAGUGUAUGACCACUGCGCCAAACAGAUCGUCAAAGACGUGCUGGACGGCUACAACGGGACCAUCUUUGCAUACGGACAGACGUCUUCUGGGAAGACGCACACAAUGGAGGGCAAACUGCACGACCCCCAUCUGAUGGGAAUAAUCCCGCGUAUCGCCCAUGACAUCUUUGACCACAUCUACUCCAUGGACGAGAACCUUGAGUUCCACAUCAAGGUCUCUUAUUUUGAAAUCUACUUGGACAAGAUCAGAGAUCUGCUGGACGUGUCAAAGACGAACCUCGCUGUGCAUGAAGACAAGAACAGAGUUCCCUACGUCAAGGGUUGCACCGAACGCUUCGUGUCGAGUCCCGAUGAGGUGAUGGACGUCAUCGAUGAAGGCAAAGCCAAUCGACACGUCGCCGUGACGAACAUGAACGAGCACAGCUCCCGCAGCCACUGCAUCUUCCUCAUCAACAUCAAGCAGGAGAACGUGGAGACGGAGAAGAAGCUGUCAGGGAAGCUCUACCUGGUGGAUCUGGCCGGCAGUGAGAAGGUCAGUAAGACCGGCGCAGAGGGAGCGGUGCUGGAUGAAGCAAAAAACAUUAACAAAUCUCUGUCAGCGCUCGGAAACGUCAUCUCGGCUCUGGCUGAAGGAACGAAAAGCCACGUGCCGUACCGAGACAGCAAGAUGACACGGAUCCUGCAGGACUCUCUGGGUGGAAACUGUCGCACCACCAUCAUCAUCUGCUGCUCGCCGUCCGUCUACAAUGAAGCAGAGACCAAGUCCACACUCAUGUUUGGACAGAGAGCCAAGACCAUCAAGAACACUGUGUCGGUGAACCUGGAGCUGACGGCUGAGGAGUGGAAGAAGAAAUACGAGAAGGAGAAGGACAAGAACAAGAACCUGAAGAACCUACUCCAGAAGCUGGAGGCAGAACUCAGCCGCUGGAGAAACGGCGAGAAUGUUCCGGAGGAAGAGCAGCUUUGCUCUAAGGAUCAGAAGAACAUGGAGACGAACGACAAUACUCCAAUCAUCGAGGACACGCCCCCUACUGGAGGCGCCGGCAACUCGGUCCACAAGGUGGAGCGGAGCCGUUAUGAGGAGGAUCUCAGCGACCUUUACAAACAGCUGGAUGACAAGGAUGAUGAGAUUAACCAGCACAGUCAGCUGGCCGAGAAACUGAAGGAGCAGAUGAUGGACCAGGAAGAGCUUUUAGCAUCGACACGGUGUGACUACGACAAGAUCCAGGAGGAGCUGUGCCGGCUGCAGACAGAGAACAAGCUGGCGAAGGAGGAGGUGAAGGAGGUGCUGCAGGCGCUGGAGGAGCUGGCCGUCACCUACGACCAGAAGAGCCAGGAGGUGGAGGAGUGCGAGCAAGCCAACCUGCAGCUGAACGACGAGUUGCAGCACAAGACGGCGGUGCUGCUGGCGGUGCAGAGGGAGCUGAUCCAGGUGCAGGAGCUGAGCGGCCUGCAGAGGAAACGAUCCACCGAGAUCCUCAACCUCCUGCUGCGAGACCUCAGCGACAUCGGUGCCAUCAUCGGAAGCGGCGACAUCAAGUCCACAGAGGGGAAGGUGAACGGCUCGGCGGUGGAGGAAGAGUUCACCAUCGCUCGCCUCUACAUCAGCAAGAUGAAGUCGGAGGUCAAGUCGCUGGUCAACCGCAGCAAGCAGCUGGAGAGCACGCAGGCCGACGCCCACCGCAAGAUCCAGGCCAAUGAGAAGGAGCUGGUGUCCUGUCAGCUGCUUGUCUCUCAGCAUCAGGUAAAGAUCAGGUCUCUGACAGACUACAUGCAGAACAUGGAGCAGAAGAAGAGACAGCUGGAGGAAAGUCGGGACGCUCUGACUGAGGAACUCGCCAAACUCCAGGCUCACGAGAAAACGCAGGAGGUUCUGUGGAAGGAGAAGGACGACUUGGACAGACCAGCCAGAGAUGAGGAGGUCAAGAAGACGCUGGAGGAGCAGCUGGAGACUCACAGGGAGGCUCAUCAGAAGCAGCUCAGCCGCCUCCGAGACGAGCUGGACGAUAAGCAGAGGACGCUGGAUGAGCUGAGAGAUCUAAACCAGGGCCUGCUGCUGGAGCAGGAGCGGCUGAUGCUGGACUUUGAGAAACUAAAGGCUGAAGAACAGCAGAAGGACGAGAAGCUGCAGGAGCUCAUUUUCCUGAAUGAACAGCGGGACGAGGCCAGAGAGGACCUGAAGGCUCUGGAGGACACAGUGGCCCGAGAGCUUCAGACGCUGCACAACCUGCGCAAACUCUUCGUUCAGGAGCUCACAUCCAGGGUGAAGAAGAACGCAGAGCUGGACUGUGAUGAAGGUGUCGGAAACAUCGGCCAGAAGCAGAAGAUUUCCUUCCUGGAGAAUAAUUUGGAACAACUGACAAAAGUCCACAAACAGUUGGUUCGAGACAACGCUGACCUUCGCUGUGAGCUGCCCAAACUGGAGAAGCGUCUCCGUGCCACUGCCGAGCGAGUCAAAGCCCUGGAGAACGCCCUGAAGGAGGCCAAAGAGAACGCCAUGAGGGACCGCAAGCGCUACCAGCAGGAGGUGGACCGGAUCAAAGAGGCAGUGCGCACCAAGAACAUGGCCCGGCGGGGCUACUCGGCCCACAUUGCAAAGCCAAUCCGCCCUGGACACCACCCACUGCCGUCACCCAUCUGCAGCGCCAUCAGAGCCGGCGGCAUCAGCAAGUAAAACAAGUCAAACCUAUUGGACGCGACGACACAUGCCUGCCAUCUCAUAAACCCCGCCCCUCCUUUUGGAGCACCAAUCAGAUUCCACCAACAGACGUCCUGAAGUGAUGUUGAUAUGAAGUGUGAACGUAUUUAAGUGUCCAACCGCGGACGGAUGGCGUCUGCAGCUCAUGUUAAACCUUAUGUGACAUUUUGUACGUGAACAGCAUCGUUAUCUUAUUAAAAUCCUGAUGCGUACAAAAACUUGAGAUUGUCAGCGUGAUGAAGAAGUCGUGGGUUCAAAGAAAACGCAACAGAACACAGAUAAUAUAAAAUAUACCAGCACAGGUAAUAAAGUUACCAUUUUUGAUGAAGAAUUAAAUUUGAAAUGUUUGUAAUACAGCGAUUUGUUUGAGAAGCCAGUUAGAUGACGUCAUAUUUGGCAGGUUGAAUGUAAAUAAAGUUUAUGUAUGGAAUCAGAUUAGUAUGAAAAAA